ACUUACUCGGCAAAGGCGGGCGGGAGAGAGAGGGAGAGGGAGGGAGGGAGAGCGGGAAGGAGGGAGCGCCGCCGGCGGCCCCGCAGCGACGCGAGAAACACCUCGCCACCGCCGCCUUCAGCAACAUGCCCAGGAGGGAGAGCAGCAGUGACAGUGAUUCCAGCUCAUCCAGCGGCAGCAGUAGUAGCUCUAGCAACAGCAGCUCAAGCAGCUCCAGCGGAAGUGGCAGCUCUAGCAGCAGCAGCAGCAGCAGUGGAAGCAGUAGCAGCAGAAGCUCGGCUUCGAGUCCACAAAAAAAGAGAGGCAGAUCACCGAAGAAUACCAGUGGCCGAAAAGAUGAAAGGCGUGAUGAGAGAUGGGACCGAAAUCUUUCACAUGGGCACGUUCAUAUGACAAGGCCUGACAGAGAAAGAAGGGAUGAGAAAUUUCCUGCUAAAGAAGAAAGACGGUCGAAUGUCAGAGACGCAGGACGGUCGAAGGACAAACCAUCUGAAAGUAAGAGAUGGCGCUCUCCGGAGAGUUCUCGGAGAGAGCCUUCAAGAAGCCGUAGUCCUAAAGAAACAAGUCGAAGGCAACAUAGUCCAGAUUCAAGAAGUAAAAUUGGUGCUGACAGGGAUAAAAGGUAUAGGAGAAAGUCUAGCAGUUCUUCUCCAAAACCGCAAAGGAGGGAGUACAGGUCCAGUUCCAAAAGUCCUUAUAGAUCAUCGAAAAUCGAGGCCUCUACUUCAAAGCUGAGCAGUAGACUGGAGAAAGCUGAUAGCCAGAAAAGAAGUCCAGAGCGCAAGGACAAGGCGAGAUCUCGGGAAAUUAAUCCAUCCAGCAACAAAAGUUCUUCACUGCCAGAGGAAAAUUCUCGUCAAGGGCAAUCUAGAAGUUACAGCCCUCCGAGAUCAAGGCUAAUCAAUCCUAGUGUUGGAUCCAGGGAAAAACCGAAAGACGAUAGGGAUAAUAGAUCAGCAAGCUCAUCUUGUAGUCCUCGCAGGGAAGAUGUUAAAAGCUCGAAGAGUCCUGAUUCACUUUCUUCAUACAUAAAGCAAGACUCUGAGAAAAUUCUUAAAGUAGUGGAGUCAGAUCCAGGAAGAGACGGAGAAGAAUGUACUGUUACUCAAGGCAGUAGGAAUACUUCAGGAAGUCCAGACAGUAAUGAACCAAGCACUCGGUCACCAAGCUAUCGACGGGAACCACAACCUUCAGUGAGUUCUGUCAGAGAAUGUUCCCGCAAUAACAGCCCUGAAAGUACAAAGCAAAAAUCUCCAAGUCCAUCUUCAAGGAGCAGAGAUGAUGAACGUGAAUGUACUCCUCGUAUAUGGCAACAGAAAUCAAGUGGUACUUCCUGCGAAAGAGAGGCUCAUAGAUCGGGGUCAGAAAGUCCCAGGUCAUCCAAUAAAGAUGCUGCUGAUUCUCAAAAAAGCAGAAUAGUAACACCGGAUCAUCAAGAAAAAAUUAAAACCCUGACCGGACAAGAGAAAGACAGCCAGGAUCAAAGUCCCGACCAAGGGAAACAAGAUUGGUCUGAAAAUAUUCAUUCUACAAGUAGCAAAAGUGUCUCCUGUUCUGCAACAAGCUCUGGAAAAGAUGUUUCUACAAGCCAGACUCAUGAUGGAUCAAAACAUAAAGAUCCUACUUCAGGAGGUGGCAAACGAGAUGGUAAGAGUGGAAGCUCUUCUAAGAGUCCACGGCAAAGGUCAGCAAGCACGUCAUCAUCUUCAUCAUCCUCUUCCUCCUCCUCAUCAUCAUCCUCCACUUCGGGCUCUUCCUCCUCCUCGUCAUCAUCAUCCUCAUCCUCCUCCUCCUCAUCAUCGUCCAGCGAUGAGGAGGACAAUGAUAAAGCAGCUGGUGGUUUAGAACGACCAACAUCACGUCCCAGACAUGAAAAGGGAGUGUCGAAUUCAGAAACUUCACCCCUGCACAAGAAUGCCAGCAGUGCAAGAGAGAGUCCAGAUGGUAAAGAGGACAGAAUAGAAGAUAUCGAGUCGUCGAGUGAAACAAGGACACUUUGCCCUGCAGAUAGCUCAGGAAAGAUAUCUUCUCGGAGCCAUAGCCCUUUGCAAGAGCCCUCUCAAAGCCCACCUUCAUACGAUACAAUAUACGGAAGUGAAAUAUCUGCUUCUAAGAUACAAAGUCCUGAUGGCGUAUCUUCUAGUGAAAGAAAACAUGAUUUUAAAACCGAUUCAGAGGCUUCAGAAUCCUCUCCAGUUAGGGUUACACCAAGUUCUCAAAAAAGCAGAAAAUCUGGGUCUGAUACAGAAAGAGUGGAUGAGAGGACCAGCCAGAAAGUAAGUCCUGAAAAUAAGGAGCCAGACAGUACAUUAUCAUCUGAUCCAUCUGUUGACAAAAGGAACCUGCAAACUGCAGAAAGUUCUGAAGUGGAAAUUUCCAAUAUCCAGAGCCCACAUGUAUCCAGUCAAAGGCAGCAAAGCCCUGUUUCUGACAGUAGAGAGGAUAAGGAACAAAGCUAUGCUCACAAAAAAAGGCAAAGAUCUACCUCUGAAAUGGGUGAUGAUUAUAGGUCUGGAUCCGAAAGUUAUGGGGAACCACCUCACAAAAUGACACCCAAGUGUUACAGCCCUGAUCCUAGUUUGAGAAAGGCACCAGGUAGUCCUCACUCAUCUUCAUCAGAAGAAAAGCAGCAGCAAGAGGAAGAAGAAGAAACGCGAAGAUCAAAAGAAGGGACAGUUGUGGUAACUGAAGAGAAACCCCUUGAAGAGAACGAUCCAGGAGGAAGUCCAGGAAAAAGUCCUGUCAGAGAAGCCCUUGCCAGUUUGGUGGAGCCUGCAAAUACAGGGGAUGGGGAGAGUUCAAGCGGCUCUGACAGUGAGAAGAGUGCAGCGAGCAGUGGUGCAGCGGUCCAGAAAAUGAAAAGCAGUGUAGUACAGAUCAAAGUAAGAUCACCGCUCAGUUCAACCCACGAGAGGAGAGGUCACAGUCCUCGUCAGAGAAGCUCUUCUCCUGACUAUAGACAUAAAGAUCAUGAUAGAUCAAGAUCCCCAAGAGAUUAUUCUGAUAGGAGUAAGUACGACAGAAGACAGUCGAGCAAUGGAAGAUACAACGACAGAGAUUUCCACUCGAGGGGGAGAGACAGAGAGAGGAAUAUGGACGGUGACUCAGAUCGCAGGAAGAGAACAAAAUCUCCUUCGCCUAUAGUGAGAAAUGAGGAAGAAGCUGUCACUCAGAGUUCCUCUGUUGAACCACCAGCUAAGAAAAAGAAGGCAGAGCUGGACCCUAUUCUGACACGAACGGGUGGAGCUUACAUUCCCCCCGCAAGGCUAAGAAUGAUGCAAGAUCAAAUUGCUGACAAAAGCAGCUUGGCAUAUCAGCGCAUGAGCUGGGAAGCUUUAAAGAAAUCAAUUAAUGGUCUCAUCAACAAAGUGAACGUCUCUAAUAUAGCUAACAUCAUUCAUGAACUCCUUCAAGAAAAUAUUGUUCGAGGAAGGGGCUUGCUGUCUCGAUCAGUUAUACAGGCACAGACGGCUUCUCCCAUAUUUACACAUGUUUAUGCUGCUGUUGUAGCAAUUAUAAACUCAAAGUUCCCUCACAUAGGGGAGCUCAUUCUCAAGAGAUUGAUACUAAAUUUUCGCAAAGGUUAUCGCAGGAAUGAUAAGCAACUGUGCCUUUCAGCCUCCAAGUUUGUGGGUCAUCUUGUUAAUCAAAAUGUGGCUCAUGAAGUGUUAUCUUUGGAAAUGCUCACUUUACUCCUUGAGCGACCCACAGAUGAUAGUGUUGAGGUGGCGAUUGCAUUUCUGAAGGAGUGUGGAAUGAAGCUGACAGAAGUUUCUCCCCGAGGAAUAAAUGCGAUCUUCGAACGUCUUCGCAAUAUCCUGCAUGAAUCUCAGAUUGACAAGCGUGUCCAGUACAUGAUAGAAGUGAUGUUCGCUAUUCGAAAAGAUGGAUUUAAGGAUCAUCCUAUUAUAACUGAAGGUCUUGAUCUGGUUGAGGAAGAGGAUCAGUUCACUCACAUGCUUCCUUUGGAGGAUGAAUAUAGCCCAGAGGAUCUACUAAAUAUCUUCAAGAUGGAUCCAGACUUUCUUGACAAUGAGCAGAAGUACAAAGAUCUUAAAAAAGAAAUCCUUGACGAAGGUAGCAGUGAAUCUGGUGAUGAUGCAGGGGGUGAGGACGGUGAUGAUGAUGAUGAUGACGAUGUGGAAGGCAGUGAUGAUGAAGCUGAGGAAGAAGGAGAAAAGAAACUGAUCAUAAUCGACAAGACUGAAGUAAAUCUGGUUUCGUUCCGUCGUACUAUUUAUCUGGCCAUACAGUCGAGCUUGGAUUUUGAGGAAUGCGCUCACAAAUUGUUGAAGAUGGAGUUUCCGGAAAGUGAAACAAAAGAACUAUGCAAUAUGAUCCUGGAUUGUUGUGCACAACAAAGGACGUAUGAGAAAUUUUUUGGUCUUUUGGCUGGGCGUUUUUGCAUGUUGAAGAAGGACUACAUGGAGGCUUUUGAAGGAAUUUUUAAAGAACAAUACGAAACCAUUCAUCGCUUGGAGACGAAUAAACUGAGAAAUGUUGCCAAAAUGUUUGCACAUCUCUUGUACACAGAUUCAAUUCCAUGGAGUGUACUUUAUUGUAUCCAACUGAGUGAAGAAACAACUACAUCCUCCAGUAGAAUCUUUGUGAAGAUUCUUUUCCAAGAGCUUUGUGAAUACAUGGGACUUCCCAAACUAAACCAAAGGCUGCAGGAUGAGACACUCCAGCCUUUCUUUGAAGGUCUCUUCCCCAGGGAUAAUCCUCGAAAUACUCGAUUUGCCAUUAAUUUCUUUACCUCCAUUGGUCUUGGGGGUUUAACAGAUGAAUUGCGAGAACACUUGAAAAAUGCACCAAAAAUCAUUAUGACCCAACGACAAGAUGUUGAAUCAUCAGAUUCUUCCUCGUCCUCUUCCUCCUCGUCCUCUUCAGAUUCUUCUUCUGAUUCAGGUUCUGGAAGCAGUAGUAGCAGCAGCAGCAGUGGGACUGACAGCAACAGCAGCUCUGGAUCAUCAAGCGACAGCGAUUCCUCAUCCUCCAGUAGCAGCAGUGGCUCAGGUGGUUUAAAUUCAAAGAGGAAAAAAAUGCAACACAAAAAAGACAAAGAUCAAGCGAAGUUGGACGGCAAAAAACGGCCUAAUGAGAAAGAGCGAUCUGAAAAGCAACAGGAAAGCAAGUACCGAAACAGCAGUGAGGAGCAAGAAAGGAAAUCUGAUAGAAAUAGUGGCAAAAUCUACAGGCAAACUGGAGAGAGGAGAGAUGAAGCAGCCAGGUACAAUCGCGAUGAUGCAUACGAACGAGAUCGCAAACGAAGCGACAGGGACAAGGAGCGUGAUAGGAAUCGAGACUUUUCGGAUAAAUACACUGAACACAGGAAAGAUGACGUGAGGAACCAUUCUCGUUCUGAAAGUGACAGAACCAGGUACAGGAACAAAGACGGCGAAGAUCACUACAAUCGGAGAAGAGAUAAAUCAAAAUCCAGAGAGAAAAGUCGUAAAGAAAUCGCCUCGAGGAACGGUGAGGAGGACCACCCAAAAAAUGGUGUAGAUAAGCAAUCCACGAAGCACGAUCGUCAGGACAGCAGACAUUCAGAGCGUUCUAAGGAUUGCAGAAAGAAUGAGGACAGGUGGAGGGAAAACUCCCCAAGAAGACGAUGAACGAUACUUAAUCUGUUAUUGAGAAAGACUGCUUUGCCAAAAUCUUGGAGCAGUACAAAUGCAUCCAUUGAAGGGGCUCAAGCCAAGUCUUGAAUAGAACUGCUGAUAUGUGUAUGUAGCUUCUACUGAAAUCUUACAGACUGCUUAUUCCAGACAUGUCAUCUUUUGUAAUUACUGAAAUCUGCAUUUAAAACAAAUUCUGAGGAAAUACCUUCAGGCAACUUUUCCUUUUGGACAAAUCUGAAGGGGGUGCAGAUUUAUUUUGUGGACAGUGAUAACUUUGAUAAUGAUGCAUUUAUAGAGGAUUUGAUAUCCUCUUGUUUCAUGUACAUGUUUUGUUUGUCAAUUCAGAAAUAAAAAUCGUGCAGAUAUAUGA